CACACGUAACGCACCCCUCCAUCCCUUUCCACACCGCUCCCUCCGCUCCUCCCUCUCUGUCGAUGGCGAGGCGGUCGGUGCAUCGGAGGCAGGAGUUCAGCUUCGCCGGGGAUUCGCCGACGCCGUCGUGGCGCGCGGAGGCCGGCGAGGGGCGCGCGCUGCCGCCGCGGCCGCCGGUUGUGGCGACGGCGAACCCGAUGGCGCCGCGCGCGGGGGAGGAGGACUUCCGCUGGCUGCAGGCGUCCAGGCAAGGCUCGCCGGAGUCCGGCUCCGGCUCCGGCACGCCGUCGCCGCAGCUCUGGGCGCACCGCGAACACCACCACGACCGGCUGUACCCGGCCUCCGCUGGGAGCUCCCCGUCGCGCGCGCAGGCCAUCGCCGGCUACCGCCGCGAGAUGCUCGACCUCGUCCGCGGCCUCCCCGAGGCCGCCUACGAGCUCUCUCUCCGCGACAUCGUCGAGUCCCGGCCCUCCCCGCUGCCUCCUCCUCCACCGCCACCUCCGGCUCAACCCUACGCCGUCGCUACGCAAGAACAAGGAAACGGCGAGCCCAAGAAGGACGUCACGGCGGCGGCCAGGAACGGCGACGAGGCCAAGAAACAGAGCGACGGCGGGGGCAAGAAACAGGGGAAGGCAAGAAAGCAGAGGACGAUGGGGAGGACGCGAAGCCGGAGCAUGGAGCGCAGCGUGAGCCUGGACACCGGCCUGCUCAUCAAGCUCUUCCUGCCGCUCUCCGUCGGCCGGAAGAAGAAGGUGUCGCCCAAGCCCGCCGCGGUCGCCCCCGCCAAGGACGGCAGGAAGAAGACCAAGAAGAAGAAGAAGAAGGAGGGGAAGAAGGAGGACGAGGAGGAGUGGUGGAAGAAGAGCGAGUUCAGCGAGGCGGGGAGCAGCAGCAGGACCAGCAGCAGCGGCAGCAGCAACAGCAGCGCCAGCAGGAACAAUGGAAAUGGCGGCAGCGAUCCAAAAGCUCCGUCCAGGAGCAGGAGCAGAAAGAGAAUCGGGUGCUAUGGUUUCUUCCGGGCAAACAAGGGCAAAAAUGGAGUUAUCCAGGAAUAAAACUAUGCGAUUGCCAAGACCACGCCUCCAUCCAUCCAAGGAAACUACUCCUGGCGAUCAGCUCAUAUGAACACCGGCAUCUAACGACAAUCACUGCAAAGCUGCUCAUGCAUGCAGAAAAAUGGAGCUCAUGGAAGAAAAGACUCGACGUGCAUGCCUACAAACUGGUGCAAGAUCAUGAUGUGACCACUGCCCGUGCACAGGUGGGUACAUCUUGCCCAUGGAGAGGACAGAUGAGAUCCAACAAUGGUAGCACUGAAGUCUUGACUUUGUCACAUAUAUUGUGCUUCUUUCUCUUUAUUUUGGAGAAAUAUAUGUUGUAUUUUCUUAGACGGCCACAUCUCUAGCUUGUACUAUCCAGUGUUUGUACAUGUUUUUAUACAAUUUUUUUUUCUAGUUCU